CCCUCCUCCUCAGGGUGAUGACAGGAGCAGAGGGGAGCACUGCGCUCCACGUCACAUCUGCAGGUACGUGGAUCCUCAGCGUCUGUGCAGAGGUCGAUCCCUCAGAGCUCACAGGUGUUCAACACGGGCGGGACACGGGCUGAACAGGUCCGUCUCUGCAGAAUGCAGUGCAGACAGGCCGUGUGUCCGGAGGAGCUGUGUCCGGUCUGUGGAGAUAAAGUCUCUGGGUACCACUACGGGCUGCUCACCUGUGAAAGCUGCAAGGGUUUUUUCAAAAGAACGGUUCAGAACAACAAGCAGUACGUGUGCGCUGAGAGCCAGGACUGCACGAUCGACACCACCCAGAGGAAACGCUGUCCAUUCUGCAGGUUCCAGAAGUGUCUUCAUGUUGGCAUGCGGCUGGAAGCUGUUCGUGCAGAUCGGAUGCGAGGUGGCAGAAACAAGUUUGGUCCCAUGUACAAGCGUGACCGUGCCCUCAAGCAGCAGAGGAAGGCUUUGAUCGAAGCGAGCGGACUGAGAACAGAGAGCAGCCCACCUCUGGUCUCCUCAACCCACCACAGAGACUUCUCAUUUACUGGUGGCCUCAACCCAGUUCCCACGCUUCGAAGCACCACACUACCUAUAGGAGAGAAUGAUUGUCUCAGCCACCAGCUUCCAUCAGUGUGCUCACUGCCCUCCACCCAGUACCAGUGUGCCUCCCUCUCAAACUGGGCCAUCAAGUCAGAGCGCAGCAGCAACUGUGCGAGUCCUCCGGGCGCUGCUGCAGGAGUCGCCUCAGACUCAAGUCAUUUCUCUCCACAGAGUCCCAGGAUACCACAGCUAGUGUUGGAGCUCCUGCGCUGUGAUCCAGACGAGCUGCAGCUGCAGAAUAAGAUCGCUGCUCAUCUCCUGCAGGAGCAGACGGGCCGGGAGAGACACAGGAGCACCUUCAGCCUGAUGUGCCUCAUGGCUGACCAGACGCUCUUCUCCAUCGUGGACUGGGCCCGUACGUCCAUCUUCUUCAAACAACUCAAGGUGAGUGAUCAGAUGAAGUUGCUACACAGCAGCUGGAGUGACCUGUUGCUUCUGGACAUCAUCUCCAGACAGGUGCUGUACGGCAGAGAGGGCAGUCUGCUGCUGGUCACUGGGCAGGAGAUGGAGCUGUCAUACAUUGCCUCUCAUGCUGGUCCUACCUUGGCAAACUUAGUCCAGAGAGGACAGGAGCUGGUUGACAAGCUCCACAACCUAAAGGUGGACCACCAAGAGUUUGCAUGCAUCAAGUUCCUCAUCCUGUUUAACCCAGAUGUGAAGCAGCUUGAAGACCAUCAGUACACUGAGAGUGUGCAUGAGCAGGUUGAGAGAGCCCUGCUGGAGUACACACUGUGCACGUCCUCCCACCUUCUUGGACGCUUUGCUCACCUGCUGCUGUGUCUGUGUGAGUUGCGCUCUCUCAGCGCGCUCGCUGAAGACUACCUGUACUGCAAACACCUGAGUGCUGAGGUGCCCUGCAACAGCCUGCUCAUUGAGAUGCUCCAUGCCAAGCGCAGCUGGACAUGAAGUCUACAGAGGCUCUGUGGUGGUCUACAUGUUAGCAUAUGGAAGCAACAAACUGUGAUUAAUGUCUAAAACAAUGAGAUUAUCCCAGAUAUUUCCCUUUGUG